AUUGAAGGGUACCUACAUACAUAAUCUGACAUAUGUACCUAGGUACAUAGCAGUUUCUUUUGUUUAAGGGCCUUAUCAUGACAUCUAUCGCAUUCACUGCCUCAAUUAACGCGUGAGGCGCAAGUUCUAGGUAGCAACCUUAAAAAAAGAUUGAACAAUAUUGCCCUGCUACCUUGUACUUCCCUGUACUUCCAGGCAGUUACUAUCCUCUUUUCUCUUUACAUAUAAGGUAAGGUGUCUAUCGUUUAGCAGUUUGUAUGACUUUACUCCUCUUCUUCCUUUCCCUUCCCUUCAUUUACUCCGCUCUUGAACUACGCUUCCUAAUCUUGUACACGCCCAACUUCCAAAUCCUCGCAUCCUCACAAAGUUUUCUGAAUAGUAACAAGCCAUAAACCUUGAGUACCUAAGGUAUAUCAUAAUAAUAUAUAUUAUCGAGUUGGAGUUGGAGACUGAGUUAUAAGGCGGACAUCUAAAAGCAUGUCAUAUCCUUACGGCCAGCCGGCCUAUCCCGGCCAAUACCCUCCAGGUCCACCACAGCAAUAUCCCCCGAGCCAAUGGUCGGCCCCUCCUCCUCCUCAAGGUUACAACCAACCUCCUCAGGGUUAUUAUCAGUCUGGACCUCCGCCUGGACCUCCGCAGGGUUAUAACCAAUAUGGUCCUCCUCCAGGUCCUCCACAAGGACCUCCUCAAGGAUAUAACCAAUACCCCCAAAGCCAAUACCCCGCUGUACAACAGCCAUAUAGUCAGCCUUACCCUCCAGCACCGGUAGGGCCGCCUACGCCUCAUACUUUAGGAUAUGGACCGCUACCGCAGAUUCAAUGGGAUCCUACUCCCGACGCGCGAGCGUUAAGAGGCGCCAUGAAAGGCUUUGGCACUGACGAGAAAACUUUGAUUCGGGUCCUGUGCUCUAAAGAUCCCAUACAGAUUGAGGCUAUCAAAGCCGCCUAUUUCAGGAACUUCAGUCGAACGCUCGAGAAGGAUAUAAUAUCAGAAACGAGAGGGUGGUUCGAGGCAGGGCUAGUCGCCAUCGUCAGAGGGCCCUUGCUCCACGACGUUCACCUAUUGCACUCGGCGAUGGAUGGACCCGGAACGAAAGAGAAAGUCCUUAACGACGUUUUGCUGAGCCGGAGCAACGCAGAUCUGAAUGCUAUCAAGAACAUGUAUCAGCAAACAUUCCAUCGGUCGCUAGAGAGCACCGUGAAAGGAGAUCUCAGCAUGAAGACCGAAAGACACUUUAUGAUCGUAUUAGGCGCAAACAGAGCCGAGGACAGCGCACCGGUUAUCCCCCAAGCUGUCGAUCAGGAUGUGAUGGAACUCUAUCGCGCCACGGAGGGUAAACUCGGCACGGAUGAAAUGAUGGUGUGUUCAAUAUUAUCUACGAGAAACGAUAAUCAAAUCCGGGCCAUCAAUUACGCAUACGAGCAAAAGUUUAGACGGCGGUUAGAAGAUGUUAUUAGAAAAGAGUUUAGUGGCCACAUGGAGGAGGCUUUGCUGUAUCAGCUACGGCAUGCUGUUGACAAGUACAUGCAUGCAGCUGCUUUGCUCGAGGACGCAAUGGCAGGUUUGGGCACAAAAGAUCACCUACUAAUUUCGAGAGUGGUGCGAUAUCACUGGGACAAGACGAUGAUGGCGAAUAUCAAGGGCGCAUAUCAACAACGCUACCAUCGCAGCCUCGCAGGUCGUAUUAAAGGCGAGACGAGUGGAGAUUACGAGAGGCUUAUGCUCGGCUGCAUUGGGGAGCCGAUUUAAUAAAUGCGCCGCGCUGAAGAGGCAUGUUAUUAUACCGCGUAUGUCUUUCAUGACUUGAUGUUAUACCAUUAAUGUAUUCCUAUCAUGCUCUUUUUAGGUCAAUUUUUAAUGCUACCGAAUGAGAUAUGAUCGUCGCAGUUUCGAUCAAGUGCUAGGAUCUUUUGUAACUUUCGACGGGUUAUCCUUUUAAUUCGUUGAAUUGUUUCGUACCUAAUUACGACUAUGAAGUUGUAUGAACGCUGUUUCUGUGCUAUAUACGUAUACUACCUGUAUCUAGAUACCUAUACUUAACCUUCCUACGUAAGACCUGCUAUGCUGUUAUGUAGAUGUACUACCUCUUAUCAAAGACACAAUAUCCGUUGGGGAUGGUGUAAUCCUACCUGCCUGCGUGUGCCUGUUGAAGCAAUAAAGUAUAACCCCACAGAUGAACAGCUUUUAAGUCGCAGGGAUUUGACAUGCACAAACUGUAUUGGCGUAGUACUAAUUUUGGGGGCGAAUACUUACCUGUACCUAGUGGCUCGUACGUUAAAUUCUAGAUGGCU